GGAGGCUGAGCAGGGGCCAAUGAGCGGAGGAGACUUCUGCCAACAGUGCCGCUCCAUCUCGACCGAGCAGGCUGCCACCUAAGGCCGCGUUAAUGGAGUCGUGAGGGGCACUAGGCUUUCUUCCUGUCCCUGCGAAGUGCCUCAUGGGAGUAGAGCCGUUCCUUCCUCUUCGGCCAGCCUGUUAAAUAAGCAAUACGGAGAUGUCUCAGGAACUUGAGAAAACAUUCCGUAAAUAUGCUGUUUAUGGCAUCCCAAAAGCAACCGGAAAUGAGAUGACUGGCAAAAACUUCAGCAAACUCUGCAAGGAAUGCAACAUACAGGAAAAUGGAUGUACCAGUACAGAUGUGGACAUUGUCUUUGCUAAAACAAAGGGUAAGGCAGCACAUGUGAUCACCUAUGAAGAGUUUCAGAUGGCCCUGAAUCUUCUGUCAGCAAAGAGAUUUCAUGGGAUACCAGCAAAUGAAGCAAUAGCAGCCAUCCACAAGCUCGUAGAGGGUAAAGAACCUGCAAACAUACGGACCACGAAAGCUGUGACUGCAGGGGCCGUGGAUCGUCUAACAAACACAUCAAAGUAUACCGGAUCACACAAGGAACGUUUUGAUGAGAGUGGCAAAGGCAAAGGCCUAGCAGGACGUGAAGAACUGACUGAUGGCUGUGGAUAUGUUGGGGCAUAUAAGGGAGAGGGGACAUACGAUAAGAAAUCUAAGAAGUAAUUCAAGAAUAAGAAAAACUAAUUCUAGGCAGUACCUUAUAGACAUCAGAACUGUCCCACUAUCAGAUAGGAUGAAUCGGUUAAUUAUUUAGUAUCUGGGACAUCUGUCCUCAUUUUACAUCAGCCUGCCAAUAAUCUCCAUCAAACAUGAAA